CCGCCGGCAGCGGAAUACAGCGCUCGGUUGGGUUGGAGCUAAUCCGGCACGCAUGGAGCCCCCAGAGCGCGAGGCCGGCCCUAUCCUGCCGCCCAUCCAUGGCACCGCCAUGCCGCCGCCACCGGCCUGCAUUCCCUUUGUCCCCCCGUGGAGACCCAGGUCAGCGCGGCCGUCGCCCCCGGUAGGCAGACUAAAGUGGGAUCCUUAUGAAACGACAAUGAGACACGAUUUUGUCUUUAAUCCUGCAACAGAUGCUGGUGCAGAUUGUGCCAGAGCAGGUAAAGGGCAUGUCAUUCCCUUUCAAGUAGAUGAGCCUACUGGAAGGAAUAACUACAGAGAUGAGUUCUGUUGGAAGCCUUAUUCCAAGACUGAACCUAUAAGGACUGGCUCUGCAUCAGGCAUAAGGAGACACAAUCCUCAGCCUGGAGAACGCUUCCUGAUUUGGCAAAUGCCUCGAGAGGAAACACCAAUAUCUAUAGAAAGUUUUUCACCUUGGACGAAACCUAUUAGUAAGCAAGAUAUCGAGGAUGUAUUAAAAAAACAGUAUAAAACAGCUUACGCAAGAGAUUAUUUAGGGAUACAACCAGGUGCUCCAAGAGAUGGUGCUCCUGCUCCUUCAGACUGGAAAAUGUUAGUCCCCAAGCCACCAGAUACUGAAUUCAGGCAUCAUUACCAACCCCAAGUCAAUUCUCCGGAUUUAAGAGACUAUACUUGGAAAUAUGGAUGUAAUGCGAAGCGCCAUAUUCCAGUGAAAGGCGCUGUUCCUUCAGUAUCUUUUGCUCAGAUCUGGAAUCAUGAACAUACCAAACAUCUGACCACAUACCAAAGAGAUUUUGGGAAAGAUUAUAAUGAGAUCCUGGCUGUUUUGAAUUCUUUAGACCCAGAAGAAAUUAAAGCGUAUGUGGACAGAGCGCCUCAACCAGGUAUUUCCUAUAGGAAGCCCAGAAGGAUUUCCUCUGAAAAAUAUAGAAAAAACCAUCCUUCAGAGCUUCCUUGAAAGGGUCAGCGGGGACAAGAAAUUCCAAAGGCCUUCCUCAUCGAAGAAGCCGGAAGAAAAUCCAGUCAAAUGUGUCUAAUAGCUUUUAGGAGAAAAUUCAGCAAUAUUCUAGGAGGCUGAAUUACACUUGAAUACCCUUGUGGUCUUUCUUUAUAGUAAACCAUUUGAAGAGCUACACCUAACUUUCUUAUACUUUAGGUUUUCUUUUGAAAUUGUAAAAGACUGUAGUACUACCAUCUCAUUGACCUUGGAAAUAUAGUAUGGAUUCAGGAACUUUCAUUGCAAUCAGAGAAGAUCUUGCAUAUUCCAUAUAUUGCAAAUCAAAUAUUUUUCCCUGCCCUAUUAUCAUUUCCUUGUUAUAAUGCUACUGCAAUUUAAAUAAAAAAUAAUUACGAUAAUCUUUUUAAAAAAUA